AUGAAUGAAGUGACAAGUGAUGUUUUAAUUAUUGGUGGAGGUUUGUCUGGUCUAUAUGCAGCAAGUCAAUUGUUGAUCAGUGGUACACUACUAAGAGUUGUAUUGCUAGAGUCAUCCGAGAGAAUAGGUGGACGUGUCGCUCAGCUCAAUGGAAUGGUAGAUUGGCCCGUUGAAUUGGGUGGCGAAUUCAUUCACGGUGUGAAUACAACCACCCAUAGACUCAUUGAAUCACAACUAUUCCAAUUGAUACCGGUAUUCGAUAAACCUCGUUCGUUUGCAAUCUAUUUGGAACGUGCCAAUCAAUUACAUUAUGCCGACGAUAUAGUUGUUAAUGAUCAUGAUGAUGAUAAAAAAUCGAAUGGUGGUUUAUCGUUGGUUUUCAGCAUUAUGAAGGAACUAUAUAGUGGGGUACUAGAUAGAAGUGCAUCAGAGUUGCCUAGUAGUGCUCUUUCUUUACAAGACUAUUUAAUUUGGAGGGGUGUAAGCACGCCAAUGUUAAGUGUCUUUGAUGCAUGGUUGGCAAAGAUCUGGGGAACUAGCAUCGAUCGUCUUGGCAUAGAUUCAUUGCGACGUGAACUUGCUAAACCAAAUGCACUGUGCUCACCUACACCUACAUUUAGACUUAAACAAUCUACCAAGCAAUUAGUAAAUCAUUUAUCAAAAAACAUAGAUAUAAGAUUAAAUAGCAAUGUUCAGUCUAUUAUUUACAAUGAUAAUAAUAUUGAGAACAAAGAUAAAGAAUCAUUAAUCAAAAUUAUUACUAAAGAUAGUAAAGAAUAUUAUUGCAAAAGAUUAUUAAUAACAAUACCUAUUGAUAAAUUAAAACAAUUACAAUUCAUUGAUAACAAAGCAAAUAAUAAUAAUAAUAAUAAAAAUAAUAAUGAACAAGUUAAUCAACUUUAUAAAUCAAUUAAUAAUAUUGAAAUGGGUAAAGCUAUAAAAAUCUGGUUCGAUGGUAAACCACUACGAGAUGAUACAGAUCAGUAUUUGGCAUGUGGAUUCAUCGGUGGUGAAUUAGUAGAUGCUGCCAACCAACUGCAACCACCAAUCAAUAGUCAACCGGGCAUAAUCAAAGUGUUCUUGGAUCAAUUGAAUAGAGUUUUCCAACGUAAUGAUUCACAAUCUUAUUAUUUAACACAUCAUAUACAGCAGUGGCCGAGUGCCUACAGUUAUCCAUCGGUUUUAAAACAACCAACUUUCAAUCCAUUUGAAACUAUUUCAAAAGUAAGUAUAAAAGAUUAA